UCUUGAGGUUUUUUCAAGCGAAACCCUUCUGAGCAAAACUUUAGCGAAAAGAAGAAAAGAGGGAAAAAUGCAACAGAGAAGCCCUUCGGGGAACGGACGGUUCAGAUUUCUCCUAGCGCACGGUCGUCAACUCUCGUUCAAAAUGGUAUCUUCAACAGCCUCUUGAUCUUAUGGUAGUUAUGUCUUUAUUCUUCUUCCAGGCAGUUAAAUAAGUCUUAUGUGUUGUUUCCCUAACAUCACAUGAUUUAUUUUUACUUGCUCUUUGGAUAGAAAAAUACAUUGUUUGGUUGGAUUCUUUCCACCAUGGAUUGUAUCUUUUGAUACUUUCUUUCUUCUCUUAAAAAAAAAAAAAAAUUGGUGACUCCAAAGCAUGGCUUUAGUUGAUAUCUCCAAAACAUGCCUCGAAUCAAUUCGCCAGAUAUCAGAGCACAUUGAAGGUUCAAUUCUUUACUUGGAUGCUGGAUCUACAGAGAGUUUCCAAUUUAUGGGGGCAUUUCCUGUAUUAUUGGACCUUGGAGUGCGUGCUGUUUGCAGUCUGGAAAGCAUGUGUUCCCUUGAUCUGGUGGUUGAUUGGAACUCAGGUUUCGAUCCUGCAAGAAAAGUUGUUGUCAUCACAUCUCGUCUACUGAGUGAUGCACAUCGAUACAUUUUACGUUGCCUAAGCACACAUCAGGGUGUUCGUCAGUGUACUAUAUUCACAUCUAUUUCAGAGAUAGCUCAUUCAGCAUAUCCUGAUUCACCUCUAGGACCAGAUGCAUUUCAUGAAUAUGAAUCCUUGCUUAUCCAAGAUUAUGAGGAGCUUGCUAAGAAAUAUGUCACGAAGUCCGGACAACCAGAAGGUAGCAACUUAAAGGAGAAUUUGACAUCUGAAGAAGAAGGAUGGUCGAAACUCACUUCUGAUGGAGACGAUGUUCUCCACCUUGAUGUGAGUCCCAGUGGAAGAGAUGCUUACAAAGAUAAUCUUUUGGAUGGCACUGAAGAUGUAGGGAAAAAGUUGGUUGUUUCCGUGCAGCACUUCCCAACAAUUUUGUGUCCUCUUUCACCAAGAGUCUUUGUUUUACCUUCAGAGGGAUCAACUGCUGAAGCAUACUUGUCGGUUGAACAUGAGGAAGCCUUUAGUCCAGGAUUGCCUCCCUUAAGAACUGGCGCACCUUUUGAUGGUGAUGAUACACCUCCUGGAGCAACUCUUACUGCAAAUUUUCUUUACCAUCUUGCGUCCAAGAUGGACUUGAAGAUGGAAAUCUUUUCCCUUGGUGAUCUGUCAAAAACUGUGGGAAAGAUUUUUACAGACAUGUCAAGUCUUUAUGAUGUAGGCCGACGCAAACGCUCCGCUGGGCUUUUGCUUAUUGACCGCACUCUUGAUCUCCUUACCCCAUGCUGUCAUGGGGAUUCACUUGUUGAUCGUAUGUUUUCAUCUUUGCCUCGAAGGGAGAGAACAAAAUCCUACACUCAAAUAAAAAGCUCAGAAAGGAAAUUGACAAAUGUCCCUUCCAGUGUACAACGCGCUUCUCUUGAUGUCCGCAUACCACUUGCUAAUGUUCUAACUGAAGAAGACAACAAAAUGGAUGAUUUCUGGCUCUUGGAAAGCAUUGAAGCUUUUCUGAGUGGGUGGGACUCCAGCAAUUCCGCUUCUCAAAUUGUAGACUUGGUUAAUCUCAGAAACAAAGUCCAUGAUGGAAAGAAUCUUCGCUCAGAGAUGGAGCUUCUAACUGGGUCCUUUGUCUCCAGUGAUAACUUUCGGGGAACUCCAUACUUGGAAGCCAUACUAGAUAGAAGAACAAAAGAUGGAUCCGUACUAGUGAAAAAGUGGCUCCAAGAAGCAAUUCGGCGUGAAAAUCUAACUGUAAAUGUGAGAACUCAUCCUGGUAUUGCCACAAAAUCAGAAUUGCAAGCUAUGAUUAAGGCAUUGGCUAAAAGUCAAUCAGCUUUACUGAGAAACAAAGGAAUUAUUCAAUUAGCAGCGGCAGCACUGGUUGCCCUUGAUGAAUCGAAUUCUGCAAGAUGGGAUGCAUUUAUUAGUGCUGAGAAAAUGUUGAGUGUAAGUGCUGGAGACACGAGCCAGAGUCUCGCUGCUCAAAUUGGUGAUCUCAUCAAUAAAAGUGCUUUGGCGGGGUCACAUGGAAGGAAGAAUGGGAAAUCAGAGGCCUCUGAAAGGGUACUUUCUUUUGAAGACUCUCUGCUCCUUAUGAUUAGUGGAUAUAUAUUGGCUGGUGAGAAUUUCCCAACAUCAGGAUCUGAUGGCCCUUUUUCUUGGCAAGAGGAGCAAUUCUUGAAAGAUUCCAUUGUUGAUGCCAUUCUUGAAAACCCAGGAGUAGCAAAACUGAAGUUUCUUAAUGGUCUGAUGGAAGAGCUUGAGGGAAACCUUAACAGGAUCAAAUCAGAGGAAAACAAAGCAUCUUCUGUUAAACUAGAAAUUGAUGAUUUUGAUGAUGAUCAGUGGGGAAAGUGGGGUGAUGAAGAUGCUGAUGAUGGUGAGGACACUGGUAAUAAAAGUAGGUAUGGUGACAUGCAGCUGAAGUUGGAGUUGCGCGACAGGGUAGAUACCCUUUUCAAAUUCCUUCACAAAUUAUCCAGUUUGAAGAGGAAGAAUAAACCACUGCGAGAUGGAACACUUUCUUCCGAGAGUAAUUUUGGUGGAGCUCCCUACGCAAAUAAAGGACUACUCUAUAAACUUUUAACAAAGGUUUUCAGCAAGAACGAUGUUCCCGGGUUGGAAUACCAUUCUUCUACCAUGGGGCGACUCUUCAAAAGCGGAUUUGGAAGAUUUGGCCUUGGCCAUGCAAAACCGAGUUUGGGAGACCAAAAUGUCAUUAUGGUUUUUGUUGUCGGUGGCAUCAACGGGCUUGAGGUGCGCGAAGCUCAGGAGGCGUUAUCUGAUAGUGGAAGACCAGAUGUAGAAUUGGUACUUGGUGGAACAACAUUCCUGACUCCUGAUGACAUGCUUGAUUUACUACUGGGAAGUUCUUGUUAUAUGUAAAAUCUCGAAAUGAUGCACAGAAAAAACUAAAAGGGUCCUAAUGGAGGGUGUUUUUUCUUUUUUCUUCUUUUUUUUUUUCUUUUUUUUUUUUUUCUUUUUAAACCCCAACUGAAAUUCAUUUGUUGCCAAUUGGCACAGUGAUGACAAAGGAAAAUGAGAGUUCCACCAUAUUGGCCAUAUCUUAUAUAAUCAUUUGCCACUACAUCCUAUUAUC